GUUAGUAUUUAGGUAACACUGAAUACUGAGCCGACUGUGACUUCAUUAGAAAAGAUAUGAAUUAAAUUUUUUAAAGCAAUAAAUCAGCUGCCUUAGUAAUAACAGAAUCCAUCUGCAGUUUUGUGUAGGACAUGGACAACCUGACAUUCAGACACAGUAUACUCCUAGUGGAGGGACUUCAAGUAACACCUCAGUCUACCUAUGUUGUUUUCACAUUUCUUCUUUUGGUAUAUGUCUUUAUAAUGGUUUCCAAUAUUGCACUUGUAAUUCUGAUUUCAACAGAGAAGAAUCUACAUCAUCCUAUGCAUUUCCUUUUCUGUAACUUACCACUGAAUGAUAUAUUAGGGACAACUGUCAUUUUGCCACGCUUAUUGCAGGACAUUUUAAAAGAAACGUCAGAGCGCUAUAUGACAUAUGUAGAGUGUGUUGUUCAAGCUUAUUUUGUCCAUAUAUUUGUAGCAGCAUGCCAUUAUGUUCUCAUAAUCAUGGCCUUUGACAGAUAUGUGGCUAUAUGUAGUCCACUGCGAUACUCAGCAAUUAUGACCAAUAAGAUGGUGGUUAAACUAUCAGCAUCAGCCUGGGCUCUAUCAGUUCUUAUGGUGACAAUUUUGAUAGGACUCACUGUGCGCCUGUCUCACUGCAGAUCUAAAAUUGAAAACCCUUUCUGUGACAAUGCCUCACUGUUUAAACUGUCCUGUGAGGAUGGUGUUGUUGUUAAUAAUGUGUAUGGAAUCAUUUAUACUGUGGUUUUAUUUUCCUUCUCAAUUCUGUCUAUAUUCAUAACAUAUGGCAAAAUCGCUACUGUAUGCAUAACUAGCAAAAACAAAGCACUCAACAGCAAAGCCAUAAAAACAUGCAGCACUCAUUUAGCUGUUUAUUUAAUCAUGCUAGUUUCUGGCUCUACUUUUAUUUUUCUCCAUCGUUUCCCUCUCUACUCUGAGAGCAGAAAGCUAGCUAGUAUAAUGUUCCACAUUGUACCACCAGGACUAAAUCCUUUAGUAUAUGGUUUACAAACUAAAGAAAUAAGACAAAAGUUUGUAAAAUUUUGGUGCAGAGAAAAAGGAACAUCUUAA